UAAAAAAAAGACAUGUAAAAGUUGAUUAUUUUCACCUUAUUAUUACUAACAAUAUCAGGAAGAUUAGAUUCAUAAGAUCCAGCAGUAGGAAAAAAGAAUACAAGUUCAAAUAAAUAAGAGAGUGAUGUUAUGAAAUAUAGAAGAGCAGCAGCUAUGGCAAAAGAAGAAUUUUAAGGUAUGGAAUUAUGAAUAAUAUUUAAUAGAACUAUGUGGUCUAAAUGGUUUCGUAUGGAAAUAAACAACUUAAGUAGACACAUAAGUCGUUUCUGGAUUUAAUUAUAGUAUUUAUGGUAAGGUUUAGAAAGGAGAUUAAACUAGAACUGUUAAGGUUUCCUUUUAUAUUCCUGCAGGAUAAGACACAAGAAUUAAAGCUACGGGUUGCAAUAUUGUUGGUUGAAUACAAUAAAACAAUAUAUAUAUUAA